GGUGGGCGGAUCUCCCCCUUAGACACGUCAGAUCUCUUUUCGCUCUCGUUGUGCAAACAUCAUGUCGGAUCCUGAUCAGUCAAGCGACUCUAGCUCAAGUUCUAGUAGUUCAGGCUCCGAUUCAUCAAGAGGGGGAGGCGUAAAGAAAUUUCGUCUCUCAAGUGAAAAGUCAGCUACCUUAGCCGGCUGGGUUGUAUCGGGUUUAGAUGACACUCGAGCGAAAAGUGCUAGAGAGGCCUUUAGACCCAAGCUAAAGAAGAACGCCGACCUGCUGAUCAACCCCAAUCUAGAUGAGGCUUUCUACAUCCGGCUGAAGGCAGUUAAGUCAUCUUCGGCAGCUAAGGCCAACAUCGACCCAAUCGAGAAGAUCUACAGAAACCAAACCUUCAAGAUCCUUGACUUAGUCAAGCCCAUCAUGUUUCUGGCGAGUCGAAUCAAGAAAAAGAAGAAAUCCCGAGCCGACGCCAAGGCGGUUAAGACGGCUCUGAAGCUCUGGGCGGUGGUGUACCACGACAUCACGAACGCGCGACGCCGCAACAUUCUGGCCCAAAUCUACCCACAGAAUAUCGGGCUACUGGACGACAAGGCUAUCCUACCAACCGGCGGAGAACAUCUCUUCGGUCCGAAGUUUACCCAGGCCCUGGUCGAGCAGGUGAAGACACUGAACGCUCUUGAAACCGCGGGAGCCCCUCGCGCGUCUGGAUCCAGCGGCGGUCAUGGUCAACGCCAAUCGGGUCGCAGUUUCAGCAAUCCACCGGCAUCUUCAGGCGGUCGCUAUUCAAAUCCCGGAUCCCGGUAUGUCCAAACUAUUCUUGCCUUUCACGAUUCUUUUGGGGGUCGCAUAGCGCGUUUUGCGUCUGAAUGGUCAAAACUUACUCUCGACCCGUGGAUUUUAUCGACGGUGUCUCAAGGUUUACAACUAGACUUUAUUUCUGAGCCCGUCCAAUUUUUUAUUCCACCAAACGCCUGCAUGGACACGCAUCAAUACGAUUGCUGCAAGCAGGAAGUGAAUUCACUCAUAGAAAAAGGAGCGAUUGUUAGGGCCCGUGAUCAAGGUUUCAUCUCCAGCAUUUUUCUAAUUCCGAAAAGAACAGGAGGUUAUAGGCCCAUCAUUAACCUGAAAGCACUUAAUCGUUUUCUGUCUUAUCAAAAAUUCAAGAUGGAGGGCAUUUCAUCAGUGAGACAUACGAUUCGGGAAGGGGAUUGGCUGACCAAGUUGGACUUGAAAGAUGCAUAUUUGACGGUCCCUAUUUUUGAAGGCCAUCGGAAAUUCCUUCAGUUUAAAUGGGAGGGCGUUUUAUUCGAAUUCGUGUCCCUCCCCUUCGGUUUAAGCUCCGCGCCAUGGGCGUUUACCAAGCUUUUAAGGGUAGUGGUAGCCUUCCUGCGGAAGAACGGCCUCCGUCUCGUGAUCUACCUGGAUGAUAUUCUAAUCGCGGCUAGCUCCCAGUCGGAAGCCAAGGUCGCUGUGAAAAGAGUAAGAUCGCUGCUAGAGUCCCUAGGCUUUGUGAUUAGUGACGAAAAAUCAUCGGAAGAGCCCUCUCAGAAAUUAGAAUACAUAGGCCUGUUCAUCGACUCAGUCAAAAUGAAACUAAUCUUGCCGGACAGGAAGAGACUUGACAUUUUUCGCCUUUGUAAAUCUGCGCUGAAGGAACCUCAAAUUUCCCAAAUCGAUCUGGAAAAGAUUAUCGGAAAUUUGAAUUGGGCAGCAGCAGCCGUUAACUUUGCCCCAGCCCAUUUUCGCGGUCUUCAGAUCCUCCUGAACUCCCGGCCAGAGGGCCGUCUGAUUAGGUCAAGUGAAUCCUUUACCCUGUCAAAAGAGGCGCGUAAAGACCUACUUUGGUGGCUUUCAGAGGCAGAUUUUUUAUCUGGCCGACCGCUCAUUUUUCCGGCGCCGGAUCUGUCCAUCGCGUCGGAUGCAUCCUUAUCAGGAUGGGGGGCAGUAUGCAAAGAUUUGAGAACGGGGGGGCCAUGGACAAAGGACGAAAGCAAGGAACACAUCAAUUUUUUAGAGCUCCUGGCAGCACUCAAGGCCCUUCAAUGCUUUACAGCAACGGCCCACGACACCACAAUCGAAUUAAGGAUGGAUAACACCUCAGCUGUCAGCUACGUGAACAGAAUGGGGGGUUGUAAAUCAGCGAACCUUUGCAGUAUCGCAUUGGAAAUUUCGAAAUGGUGCGAGUGCCGUAACUUGUCUCUUUGUGCCGUAUUUGUGCCCGGCGUAACAAAUAUUCUGGCCGACGCAGAAUCUCGGAGGCCUCUGUCGUCGGGGGACUGGAAACUGGACCCGCAAUCGUUCAAAACAAUUCAGGCAAUUUGGGAAGUAGAAGUGGAUCUCUUCGCGAGCUCAUGGAACGCUCAGUUACCGAUUUUUGUCAGCCGGUUUCCGCAACCGGGAGCCUGGAAAACAGACGCUCUGUCGCUGAGCUGGAAGGCUCUCGCGGGAUAUUGUUUCCCCCCCUUCAACUUGAUUCCCUUCUGUCUGACGAAGGUUCGGCAAGAACAAGCCGAGAUUGUACUAGUGACACCCUACUGGCCCAGCCAAUGCUGGUUCCCGUCCUUGAUGGAACUAGCAACGGACAUCCCGCUCCUUCUCUUCCCAUCCAAGUCGUUGCUGACGUCCCCGUUGGGGGAGGGUCAUCCAUUGACGAAAGACGAGUCCAUCCGUCUAAUCGCCUGGCGGCUCUCCGGAGUUGUCUGGAAGAGCGAGGCUUUCCGGAAAAAGUUAUCGAGCUCAUAUUGGGAGCAACUCGUUCAAAUACACACUCUGCAUACCAGUCCGCUUGGGUCGCUUGGAGCAGUUGGUGUAGUCAACGGAACCACAAUCCCCUGUCGUCUGGCGUCAAGGAGAUACAACAACGGUGGCCAAAGAUCAAAUCACGGCCGCGGCGCAGCCAAUCCCGCCAAUAAAGGCGACGAGAACAACAACAACAACAGAAAAUAGACUAUUUGAACCGUGGAUCGCUUUAAACUCUUUCCGUUAAGCCAGACCCACAGUUAUUAUAUGCUUCCAAUGCUGACGUGUCUAAGGGGGAGAUCCGCCCACCUGAGCGCCAUCUCUCACCUAUCCCCCGUUUUGUUGUUCUUUUUUGUUUGCUGAGAAGCAGCUAAAUAUAGAGGUCGCACACAGUCAAUGUCUUCACUCCAUUCC